CGCAAAGUUGGGCAGGGAGCUGGGGGAGGAGGACCGCGAGCGAGGGUGGCGGAGCAGGGGCGGGAGGAGCGGAGGGAGGAGGGGACCGGAGCGUGUCACUCGCGCGCUCCCUCUGUGCACAGAGGAUGUGCUGAAUGGUGCGCUUCCAGGCGGCGGCCGAGCAGGAUCCGGCGGCGGGCGGCUCGCACUGCCGGGCUCUGCUCCUUCUUGUCUCCCGAGGCUCUACAAUCACCGCGGGCUCCAGACCCUGCGUCCCGCCCGGGGCAUGGCAGGCUGCUGUGCCUUCGCGUGUAGUCCCGCUUACUAAGCGGCGCGGGCCAGAGGUGCGGAGGCCAAGAGGCCGGGAGGUCGGCGGGCAGCGGAGGCAAGAGCCUGCUGAACCGAGAGCCAAGCCCGCUUGCGCCCGGAGCUCCGCGUCCCGUCUCCACUGCGCUCGCCCGGGCCGCCCGGAGCCCCGAUGAGCCCAGAUGGCUGGGGCUCAGCCCGGAGUGCACGCCUUGCAACUCAAGCCCGUGUGCGUGUCCGACAGCCUCAAGAAGGGCACCAAAUUCGUCAAGUGGGAUGAUGACUCCACUAUAGUUACUCCAAUUAUUUUGAGGACCGAUCCUCAGGGAUUUUUCUUUUACUGGACAGAUCAGAAUAAGGAGACAGAGCUGUUAGAUCUCAGCCUCGUCAAGGAUGCCAGGUGUGGGAAGCACGCCAAAGCUCCCAAGGACCCCAAGUUACGUGAACUUCUGGAUGUUGGGAACAUCGGACACUUGGAACAGCGCAUGAUAACUGUGGUGUAUGGGCCAGACCUGGUGAAUAUCUCCCACCUGAAUCUUGUGGCUUUUCAAGAGGAAGUGGCCAAGGAAUGGACAAAUGAGGUUUUCAGCUUGGCAACAAACCUGCUGGCUCAGAACAUGUCCAGGGACGCAUUUCUGGAGAAAGCAUAUACUAAGCUCAAGCUUCAGGUGACCCCAGAAGGGCGCAUUCCUCUCAAAAACAUCUACCGACUGUUUUCGGCAGACCGGAAGCGAGUGGAAACUGCGCUCGAGGCUUGUAGUCUUCCAUCGUCAAGGAACGAUUCCAUUCCUCAAGAGGACUUCACUCCAGAUGUAUACAGAGUUUUCCUGAACAAUCUUUGUCCCCGACCUGAAAUUGAUAACAUCUUCUCUGAAUUUGGUGCCAAAAGCAAACCGUACCUUACGGUUGAUCAGAUGAUGGAUUUUAUCAACCUUAAGCAGAGAGAUCCCCGGCUGAAUGAAAUACUUUACCCACCUCUGAAGCAAGAGCAGGUCCAAGUGUUGAUUGAGAAGUACGAGCCCAACAGCAGCCUCGCCAAGAAAGGGCAGAUGUCAGUGGAUGGGUUCAUGCGCUACCUGAGCGGAGAAGAAAAUGGAGUCGUUUCACCUGAGAAACUGGAUUUGAACGAAGACAUGUCUCAGCCCCUGUCUCACUAUUUCAUCAAUUCCUCACACAACACCUACCUCACGGCUGGCCAGUUGGCUGGGAACUCGUCUGUAGAGAUGUAUCGCCAGGUGCUUCUGUCUGGAUGUCGCUGUGUGGAGCUGGACUGCUGGAAGGGCAGGACCGCUGAGGAAGAGCCUGUCAUCACCCAUGGAUUCACCAUGACAACAGAAAUAUCCUUCAAGGAAGUCAUAGAAGCCAUCGCAGAGUGUGCGUUCAAGACUUCUCCUUUUCCCAUCCUCCUUUCCUUUGAGAACCAUGUGGAUUCCCCGAAGCAACAAGCCAAGAUGGCCGAGUAUUGCCGAUUAAUCUUUGGUGAUGCCCUCCUUAUGGAGCCACUGGAAAAAUACCCACUGGAAUCUGGGGUACCUCUUCCAAGCCCUAUGGAUUUAAUGUAUAAAAUCUUGGUGAAAAACAAGAAGAAGUCACACAAGUCAUCAGAGGGAAGUGGUAAAAAGAAGCUCUCUGAGCAAGCUUCCAACACGUACAGCGACUCCUCCAGCGUGUUCGAGCCUUCGUCUCCGGGAGCUGGGGAAGCAGAUACGGAGAGUGAUGACGAUGACGACGAUGAUGACUGUAAAAAGUCUUCCAUGGAUGAGGGGACUGCUGGCAGCGAGGCCAUGGCCACAGAAGAGAUGUCUAACCUGGUGAACUAUAUUCAGCCUGUCAAGUUUGAGUCCUUUGAAACUUCAAAAAAAAGAAAUAAAAGCUUUGAAAUGUCUUCCUUCGUGGAAACCAAAGGACUCGAACAACUCACGAAGUCUCCAGUGGAAUUUGUCGAAUACAACAAGAUGCAGCUUAGCAGGAUAUAUCCCAAAGGAACACGCGUGGACUCAUCCAACUACAUGCCUCAGCUCUUCUGGAAUGCUGGCUGUCAGAUGGUGGCGCUCAACUUCCAGACAGUGGAUCUAGCUAUGCAGAUAAACAUGGGCAUGUACGAAUACAAUGGGAAGAGCGGCUACAGGCUGAAGCCAGAGUUCAUGAGGAGGCCAGACAAGCAUUUUGAUCCAUUUACUGAAGGAAUCGUAGAUGGGAUAGUGGCCAACACUUUAUCUGUUAAGAUUAUUUCAGGUCAGUUUCUCUCUGAUAAGAAAGUUGGGACUUACGUGGAAGUGGAUAUGUUUGGUUUGCCUGUGGACACAAGAAGGAAGGCAUUUAAAACCAAGACAUCCCAAGGAAAUGCUGUAAAUCCUGUCUGGGAAGAAGAACCAAUUGUAUUCAAAAAGGUAGUUCUGCCUUCUCUGGCCUGUUUAAGGAUAGCAGCAUAUGAGGAAGGAGGCAAAUUUAUUGGCCACCGGAUCUUGCCUGUGCAAGCAAUUCGGCCAGGCUAUCACUACAUCUGCCUGCGGAAUGAGAGGAACCAGCCCCUGAUGCUGCCAGCUGUCUUUGUCUACAUAGAAGUCAAAGACUAUGUCCCAGACACGUAUGCAGAUGUAAUUGAAGCAUUAUCAAACCCAAUCCGAUAUGUCAAUCUGAUGGAACAGAGAGCUAAACAGUUGGCUGCACUGACACUGGAGGAUGAAGAGGAAGUCAAGAAGGAGGCUGACCCUGGGGAAACGUCAUCCGAGGCUCCAAGUGAAACCAGGACAACUCCAGCAGAGAAUGGGGUGAAUCACACCACAACCCUUGCACCCAAGCCACCUUCCCAGGCUCCACACAGCCAGCCUGCUCCAGGGUCUGUGAAGGCACCCGCCAAAACAGAGGAUCUGAUUCAGAGCGUAUUAACAGAAGUGGAGGCGCAGACCAUUGAAGAGCUCAAGCAACAGAAAUCGUUCGUGAAACUUCAAAAGAAGCACUACAAAGAAAUGAAAGACCUGGUCAAGAGACACCACAAGAAAACCACCGAGCUCAUCAAGGAGCACACCACCAAGUACAAUGAGAUUCAGAAUGACUACUUGCGAAGGAGGGCAGCCUUGGAAAAGUCCGCCAAAAAGGAUAGCAAGAAGAAAUCUGAACCCAGCAGCCCGGAUCAUGGCUCAUCCGCCAUUGAGCAAGACCUCGCGGCCCUGGAUGCAGAAAUGACUCAGAAGUUGAUAGACUUGAAAGACAAGCAACAACAGCAGCUGCUUAACCUUCGGCAAGAGCAGUAUUACAGUGAGAAGUACCAGAAGCGGGAGCACAUUAAAUUGCUCAUUCAGAAGUUGACAGAUGUUGCUGAGGAGUGUCAGAACAAUCAGUUGAAGAAGCUGAAGGAAAUCUGCGAGAAAGAGAAGAAGGAAUUAAAGAAGAAGAUGGAUAAGAAGAGGCAGGAGAAGAUAACAGAAGCCAAGUCCAAAGACAAAAGCCAGAUGGAAGAGGAGAAGACAGAGAUGAUCCGAUCAUACAUCCAGGAGGUGGUGCAGUACAUCAAGAGGUUAGAGGAAGCACAAAGUAAAAGACAAGAAAAACUUGUGGAGAAACACAAGGAGAUCCGCCAGCAGAUCCUGGAUGAGAAGCCCAAGGGGGAAGGCUCCUCCUCAGUCUUGUCGGAAAGUUGCCAUGAGGAUCCCUCUGUUCCCCCCAACUUUACUCCCCCCAACCCUCAAGCUCUCAAGUGGUGAGCACCGUCCUUCUAGCCAGCUGCAGAUGGAGCUGGAGCAAGAAUACCAAGACAAGUUCAAAAGACUGCCCCUGGAGAUUCUGGAGUUUGUACAGGAAGCCAUGAAAGGGAAGGUUAGUGAGGACAGCAAUCACGGCUCUGCCCCUCCCUCGCUGGCCUCAGACCCUGCUAAGGUGAACCUCAAGUCUCCCUCCAGUGAGGAGGUACAAGGAGAGAACGCGGGAAGAGAGUUUGAUACUCCUCUGUGAUGUCCCUGCCGGGCCUACCAGACAUGCACGGCUGCUUGAACUCCAUCGGACUCUAAAGACAAAGAUCACUGCCCGGGCCAUCUUCCUGAGAAACAUCCCUUAGCCUGAAAUCCACACCAAAGGGAGAGUUCCAGAAGGAUCCGUGUGAAGGUCCCAUACCCUGGUCCCUUGUGUCAUGUGGAAACUAUUGCGGUCUUAGAGAGAAGGGUGCAUGUAUGCAGGAUUUUUUCUUUUCGUUCCAAUAGUAAAUUAAAAGCAGGCAGCUCCCAGGCUCCAUGGACUAUGUAAUGAAGGACAAUGUCUUCUUUGAAGAAAACUAGAGCUCGUGUCUUCAUUUGAAGCCCUGGUGUACAGUAUUUCCAAGUAAAAGAGAUAGUUUGAGAAGUGCGCGGCACCAUUUAACAUUCUGGAACAUUCCACUCUGAGCAUCGUUUCCCUGACUGCCCCGCAAACCCAUGUUUUCAAGUUAACGUGUAUAGUGCAUUGUUUCACCCUUUGCUUUGCAGGCACUGGUGGCUUGCCAUUUGCUAAUUUAUUUAUCCCAGAGGCAUCUGUAUUUGCUAUUGACAUGGCUUUAUUAGAUACCAUAGUGACUCAUAUAAGCUGGUUUCUUUUAUAAAAAAAAAUCACAUGAUUGUUCAUUUCCCAGUGAAGCCAUUUUACGAUUAGCAAUAUGGGUUGUAUAUUUGGCUGCACGACUCUGGGUAUCUAUCGGUUGUUGACCUGAGGCUGUCAAACAGCUGCAACGGGUCUGUUCUGUUGAGUCAGGGUUUCCGCCAGACUGAACAGGAUCCAGUGGGCUAUUUUAUUGUCAGAUAUUUUUUCGUGGUUCAUUUAUUUUUACUGUAGAAAGGAAGAUAGAAUAUUUAUCUAAAUGCACAUGUAUAAAUGAUAUACAUUAUCUCCAUGUAUAUAGUACAUGUAUGCGCCCAGCCAUAUAAGUGCACACACAUACAUACGCAUGAGUGUACAUGUGUGUUUAUUAAUUGGCAGUGACCCAAAUCUCUUCCAUAAGAUUUAAAAGCAAGUUCAGGGAUACAUGGACAGAGACGAAAUGGGUCGAAUAUAUGUUAUGUGGAUAAUUAAAUUAUACGGAAAUGCUAAGAAUCAGUUUAUGGAGUCAUUGAUGCAACUUGAGGUAGUCUUAGAAUUUAGAAAAUGAGUUUACUAAAAAAAUUGGAGGAUCAAAAAUUGGAUUUUAAAUAUCAGAUUUUGAGCUUGUUUUAAUGGUCAGAGUAUGCAAAAAUGCAUAGGAAAUAGAGUGCAAAUGUAUUGCUACUAUCUUCAAUAAAUUUUAACUGAAUAAUUUCAAUUUUAUACUGAUAGAAAUAAAGCUCUGGUUAUAUUUUAGUUUGUAUAUUUACUUCACUUAGUUAUGUCUUUUUUAAUUCUUAUUUUAUUCUAAAGUGAAUAAGAGAAACAAAUUAUAUCAUGCUAAUGCUAAUAAAAUCAUAAUUAAAAGGUCUUAAGAAAUAAUAUUAUAUAGAAAAAAUAUGGUUUAGAGAGUGGGACAAAGAACAUUAAAACCCAGCAAUGACAAUGCCCAUGGCUUCAUUUUAUUUUAAAGUGAACCUGUCUGCUUAUAAUUUAGCAAAGCAAAAAAACAGUUGUGUCCUGAAAUUUGUGUUUCAAGAAUUUAGUAUUUUUCUGGAAAUAAUUUUAUUUAACUUUAAGCAAUAACUAGGACCAUAAUUAAGUGUUAAUCAAAAUGAAGGCUUGUUUCAAACACCAUGAAAGUGUUUGAUCACACACAUACACCACACACACACACACACACACACACACACACACACACCUACUGAGACACAAGGGGAAAAAAAUCACAUCCCCUUCAGAGAUGAUUGUAUUUUAUCUGAAGGAUCAAGAGUGUUAAUUAGUCACUUACUAAAGCUUACCUUCCACCGAAGAGAGAUCUCUUGUGAACCAUACAACUUUUGCACUUUGAAGGAAAGGCAUUACUAAGAAGGAAGUGAGAAUGGUUCAAAUGGAAUGCUGCAUUUUACACACACAGUUACAGACUGUUGAAAAUUGGGGAAGAGUGAAUGGAUAACAGGAUUCGAAACCAAACUUAGUGGUGGUUAUUGCAGAACAUUCGAUUUCAACAUAGUCCAUACAGUGACUGAGGUUGAAUAACCUUGACUUUCAAAUCCUGUUUUGGUAGUUGGACUUCAUUAUCUUGGUGAUUCUAGUCAUUUUACAAUGUUUUGUAUUUGGUCAUUUACUGUAAUCACAUUUUUAUAUCUGUACAGUGACACUUUUUGCAGUUGUGGGGUAGUGUGUAACACUGUGCAUCUUGCAUCAUCGAAACUGCUACCGUGAUACUAUCCAUUGAUAAUAUUAAUAUUACUUGAAAAUAGACAAAGGUAAAGAAAAGGGGUCUGUAUGAUGUGCAGUUUUGUGCCUUUAUGUAUUUGCCUUGUUCUUCGUUGAAUGUGUGAAAUUCUGUACUGUGGUUUUUCCUAUAGUAGAAAGUAGAGUCAUGCAUUAAAUUAGACUGUAUCCCUGACACCUUUAAACUACUGAGAAUAACGUGGUUGGGCCGUGUAAUUCAGUGUUCAAAGUUCUAAUGACAUGCCAUGUGCUUUGGUUUUUAACAUUUCAGUGCCACCAUACAUUAAUUAAUACUCCUGUAAUAGAUAAGCAGUCAUUAAUUAAGUUCCAAAAGAAAGGGCCAUUGCUUGCAUUCCUUUGAAUUUAAUGUUGCCCUUGUACACUGUGUUAAUACUGUAUGUAAUGGAUUGAGCAUUGUGAUUCUCGCCUUUUAAGAAGAGAAAGAGAGAGAGGGGAAAGUAUUUGAUGCUCUCAAAAUGUACAUAUUUGGGUUCUUCUAUCUCAAAUUAUUUAAAAUGCGUAAUUCACAUUUUUUUGUAAUCAUUCUAUGCAAUUUUGUGGCAUGACGUUUCUUCCACUUGUAAUUUUCUGUGCUUUCAUCACAAGUCCAAAGGAAACAAUAAAAAUUUCUUAACACAG